UCUGCGCGAAGCUCACUAGCUGGGAUAGAACGUACGUUGGAUUGUUUAUAGCACGAGGAAUAACUGUGAAUUUUAUUGAUGUGUGUAUUGUAAUAAUAACAGGAUACGGCGACAGGAGGAGAAGAUGUGAAAGAGUUGAGACAACUAUAAUUAUUAGUGUAGAGUAAUAGAAUAACAACAUAAUGCAUUUAACAUCUACUGGUGCGCCUUCUCGUCAAUUACCAUCUAAAAAUGUUACAGGGAUUUACCUUGGUCUAGAAGGUAAUUCCAAUCCACCUAAACAACGAUCAGGUAUUCCACCCCUGGCUCGGGGUCGGGCAGGUUUAUCCUAUAGAGUACGAACACCAGUAGAAGAAAGGAGAUACGAACCUGCUAGUUAUACUGAGAAGAAGCAAAUGGUUGAACUCUUCAGAAUAAAGGAAGAUAAAAGAGGGUUUGUGGGACAACCAAUUAUUAAGAAACAACAUUCAAAUGGUGAGAAGAGACCAUGUACUACAUCACCAAACGCCUCUCCUAGAAGAUGGGGUCCGGCUAAAAAAGCCAACUUAUCAAAAUUCUCGGACAGAAUCAGAACUAAUCCAAGACACUUUACUCCGAUCAUCAACAGUGGUGUGACAAGAUCCGAGAAUUUAACAGGAUUUGCCAGUUACGCUACUGGCAUGGAUUUCAGUCGAAAUCCCCAGGUAGAUAAUAUCAUAGAUAUCACUCGACUUCAUCUUAUAGAUAACGUAACUGAUGAUUUGAAUAAACUGGGCGUGGUUCAGCCAAUAGAUUCUUUCUCAUCAUCCGAUGAUACGUAUAGAAGAUUGUAUCAGGGUGAUGUAGAUCUAGCAUAUAAUCUGUUACCGUCUGCCAGACAGAACACACCACCAAUAUCUAGAGAGAAUACAUCUUAUUCAACAGGUUUCUCAGUCAGAAGUUAUCGGAAUCCUAAUCAAGCUGAGAUUUUUUCGGAUUUUCCUGACCCGAAAGGUCACCUCCGACCAAAGACAGUGCCAGCCAACCGAGCCUUUGUACCACAGCCUUAUUUUUUUCGUUACUAUAAUCACCACAGACCAGUGAGAACAAUCAGUGCCAAGUCCAAAUAUUCCUUACCUGUUACAGAAGAUAAAGACAGUGUUUAUGGUGGAAGUAAGAUUGUAGGUGUUCCUGGAGCUGGUAGAAUUUCUACAAGUUUAAAACAACGACAAACAGCCAGACAAAAGCAUAACAGUUCACCAGUAGAGUUAGAUCCACCUAAUACAUUCCAUAAAAGUGAUGAAUCAGAAGCAAAUAUUUCCAUGCCAGUUUCCACAACCAGUGUCCACAACACAUACCCUAGUACAGAAUUAAAAGAUAUUGCUCGUCAGACGGAGAAAAAUCAAGGAAGUUUACAAAAAGUGGACGAUAAAUCAGCCUCAAAUUUCAGUAGUGAUAAAAGUAUGGCGACGACAGAGACACAUAGAGAUAGUUCCAUCCUUUUGCAUCCUGAAGAAACUCGCAAAAUGCGUCCAUUAAAAACAUCGAAUAGUGGAGCCGAUAUAACAUUAGGAUUAGAAGACGUGGAUGGCGCCACAGCAGAAGUGGAAAUCGAUGUCAAUGAUAAUGAAAGUGAAAUUGCUCCAGAGGAUAUACCUAGAGGAAAAGUACGCAAAGCUUCCAUAGUUGAAAAACUUAGUAAGACCAAAGCAUCUGAAGCCUAUGUAGCUACCGUAAAGGAGUCAGCUGAACAAAGACAAAAGGAUUUUGAAAAGUUAUUAAACGAACACGCAGAAAUAGUUCAAGAAAUCGGCCGUACAGCGAGCGCAGAGAAUCUGAAUUCAGACGAACGAGACCCUUAGUGCCAUGACAUUAUUUUUGAACCACAGACAAUUAAAAAAAAAAAGAGAGAGAAAACACUUCAAAUAUUAUAACGUAAAAUAUUGUACAUGUUGUACAUAGACUGUAAUACUGAUGUACGUGAUUAUUGUGUGAGUGUGAUGGUUGGCAGGCGGUUACUAGGAUGUUUAUAAUAGUCACCAUGGUUACGAUAUAAUUUUAGGAGUAUAAAUAUAUAUAUAUUCACUUGGAUACCGUUUUGAAGAAAGAUUGUGUAUAUAUACAUAUACAUGUAUGUAAACAGACUUAGUUCGGUUUAAAGUAGAAAAUGAUUUGUUAGAAAUGAUUUAAGGUAGUUAUUUGAUGCUGUUUACAAUGAAAAUUUAUUUUAAAAAAAGCCAGGCCUGACACAGCAUUUUCUCGGGUUCGUUGUAUUUAUGGUUUCUAAUUCUGCGAAUUUGCCAGUGGGAAUGCUCAUACUAGGCUUUCAUGUGUAGAAUAUUUUUUAAAAAAAAGGUUUAAAGUAGAAAAUUAUUUUUUUAGAAAUGAUUUGAAGUAGUUUCCGAUGAAAAUUUAUUUUUAAAAAAAAAUGCCAGGUCUGUAUCGUAUAACAUGUCAUUUUUCGAGAUUCAUUGGAUUUAUGGUUUCUCAUUCUGCAAAUUUGCCAGUGGACCUGCCCAUAUACCAGGCUUUCAUGUGAGGAAUGAUAAUAUUAAAGGAUGGUUAUAUAAUUUUUAAAUGUAAAACUUAAUUAUAGAUGUCACGGAGUGAUCAAAAUAUGAACGCAAUCCUAGAUUAUUUUUUAUUUAUAUCUUUGAAAAUGUGGGGUACGAUGUACAUGUGUUUUUUUUUUUUUUUGCUUAAAAUGGUGAGUUUGUAUCAUCAAAUUUGUUUGUAUAUAUUUGUAGAAAAAAAAAUAUGAUAAUAGCCAAUCUGAUUACAACACAGAUCCUAUUUCAUUUUGUUUUUUAUAGUUCAAAAUUUAGUUUUACUUGUCGUUACUACACUAGGAUCUGGAAGAGUUGUUAUAUAACCCGCGUCUUGGAUAAUGUGAGGGAUUAGCCAAUGAAACAGUCUGUUAUGGCAAGUUCUUGGGUAAAUCACCCCUGACGCGACCUUCCAGUACAACCGGUCAGAUCUUCAUGUAGUAGAGGCCAUCGAAAGUAUAAAAAAACGAAACGAAAUAUAGAUCUGGGCCGUGUUUCUCGAAAUUUUAAUAAAAGAUAAAAUCCAAAUUUUAGUAGAUAAGCACUAAAAUCAAUCUAAUAUUAUCCGAUGAAAUUACUAAAAUUUGGAUUUUAUCUUAGUUAAAAUUUUGUGAAACAGGCCCCUAUAUUUUAAAGAGAUUCGAUAAUAAGAGCAGUUCUAGUAUAUUACAAAACGGAACUGUAGAAAGAUUUGAUGGGUGUCUAUCAAGUUUACUCAUUUAAAUAUCAUUUUGAUUGUAGGUUUAAGGAUGCAUUAUGUACGAGGGUCAGGGUCGGGGAUGGUUAACGCAUGUGCGUUGUAUCCUAAGGUCUGUCAUUGAAUCAACUAGCGUAGUUUCGAUUCCCUGGUUGUACGUGACAAGGAGUAGGGUUGCCUGUCCAACUUCAACGGUUUUCUCCUGAUCCUCAGUUUCCUCCAACUGCUAAAGAAUUAUUGAAAUAAAAUUGAACCAUAUGUUAGUCCCGAAAUUACCUGGUUUGUGUCGAGUAGAUGUUUAUCCCCAUUUCUCUCUCUCUUGCAUUAUGUAAGCUUUAGAUAAAGAACUGUUCAUUCUUUUAUAUGAUAGUCCAAAAAAUAAAUAAUGAAAAAUGAAUUAACUGAAAAUUUUAUUUAGAUUACUUUAUUCUGUGCGAAGUUAUGAAAAGAUAGUCUCCAUUGUCAAGUAUCAUUGCAACGAUGAUAAACAAACUCUUGAUUAUCUAUUUUAUGGUUAACUUAUUAUCUCGCGAGUUUGUGCUAAUCCAUUCAAUAUCUAAGCCAUCGGAUGGCCUAGAGAGUUGAUUGUUGGCUUGUCAUGUGAAUAAAUGUCUAAAUAAUCUAGCUUGCUAGCCUGGAUGUCAGGUGUUCGAGGAAGUUCAUUGGGAUUUUCCGACGUGGUUUCCUCUUGUCAGUGGUGCAGAAGGGAUGGCCUGGAGGGAUGAAAACACUGAGGUCCUGUGUACACAUUGGCCUGCAUGUAAAAUGCAUGUAAAAGAUCCCUUGGCAGUUGGAAUUUGAUAUAAGGUGAGGUCGUAGCUCUGCUGUCCGGGCACUGUUUCCCUCAUGGUACACUGUAUGGCCUGUGUCUGUCUUCAUUAACCCAGUUGUAGCAGAACAGUAGGACGUUAAACCCCAUUUCAUUUCAUUUUCAUUUUGUCUGAAUAAUAAUUUAUAUAACAUUGAAGCUCCAAAAAAGAUAUACUGGUACAAUGGGCAGAUUUAGCUCUCACAUAAUGCAUCUUUAACGAGAAUAAAAUUUGGUUAUAAUGUUUUAGGCACUGCCAGGUCUCUCAUUUGGAUCACUGAAAUUGAUCGGUCGACGGGACAGUUUAUCCGUCAGUCCAUUUAUAUGUCAUAUCAAAGAAUUUUUAUCUUAAAACAAAAUAAAUACCAUUUAAAUUUAUAGGUUUUUUUUUAUGUGGAAAAAACACUUACAAAUGAUUUAUUGAUUGAAAUAAUUAAUACUACAUUAUUUGAUAAAAAUAUCUGACGUUAAGCACAAUAAAUACCGUUAUAGUUUUUAUGUGUACAAACACUUAAAAAUGAUUUAUUAAUUGAGACAAAGUUGGCCCAUUAUUUGAUAAAAAUGUCUGACGUGACAAAUCUCAGAUUGACAAAUUACAUAAACAGGGACGAUUUUGAAGUAACUGGUAAAAAAGAACGUGCCUUUGACUAUGUCGAUUUAACAGAAAGUUUUACACUUGAUUUUCCAGCACUUAAAAAUAAAAUGUAACUAAAUUUAAAAUUUUAUUUUUUUUUCUGUUACAAAUGUUUUAUUUCUUAUUCACAAGAAAUAAAUGAAUGAAAUAAUUGUCAUAAUUUCUAGAAUUUAAUUGCAUGAAUGAAAGUCAGACUGGAAAAGAACUGUGAUAUAUAUGAUAUCCUCAUAAUGUCACGUCAUACCUUGACUGUGUUUGCUGACUUUAUUAUUCAUUGGGGUGAAAAUUGAUAGAUUUUUAAAAAAUUAGAGAGAUAGAAGAAUGGAGUUUAUCGUCCAAUCAGUACAGGUAUCUGGUCUUUAUGACAAGUUGAAGGAAACUGAAGAAAAUGUGGAGGUUAGGCAAGCUUUGCAUAGAUGACAUCCGUGUUGUCUAAUUAGACAAAUCAAAGAAUGUUGUUUAAUGGGUACAAGAAGUGAUUUUCAUGUGUUGUUAAUAAAGUGCACUCUGAUAAUUUCUUACGAUAAAGCCGGCCAACACAGUCAAGGUAGACAUAUGUAGAGUACUGGUAACUUAAGAGUGUGAAGAUAUAUAUUCACUGGCAUGGAGGAUAUUGAACAAAGUUUAUCCAACCUGAUAGAAGAGAUAUGUGUCGAUUGAAUAUCUUGAGCCAUAGUAACUGUUGUGGUUGCUAGGAUUUCCCCAGAUACCUAACAAUUUUUGACAAAAUAUUUUUAUGGACCCAGCUAUAAACCAUCAUGUUGUUUUGAAUGUAUCGAAAAGGGUAAAAAUUAAUCUUGAAAGGGUACAUGGAAAUAUAAAUCAAAUUAGUUUCUAUGGAUUACGUUAUUCAACACAUAUACCCUAUGGCCCCUUUAUUUAAUCUAGGGGGCAGACAACUCAGUCUAGGUGGGAUUUGUUUUUUCCAAAUGUAUAGAAAGACUAAAAGACAUAUCAAUAUACAUGUAAAUGUAUUUGUAGAUUUUUUUUUUUUUGAUGUUUUCUAAUUACUGUAAAACAUUGAAUUACUUGUUUUGUAACCCUUUUAUGAUGACCUAAUAAGGAAAUCAGUUUACGCGUCCUUUGUACAGAGGUUUAACUGUCAUUAUAAAGGAUAUUAAAGGAGCCAUCCCAGUUAUAGUUAAAAUAUAAAAUUAAAUGAUAUUUAAUGUCCCCACCUUUCUGAAUCUACUGGACUAAACAAGACAAGCAUACGUCAUGUGACAUGAGGGAAAUUUGAAUCCCAAUUUUCAAAGGUUCUUUUAUUUGCAGGGGAUCACGGUGGCUAAGUGGGUAAGACGCUGGCUCGCUAGCCUGGAAGUCGGGUGUUCGAUCCCUGCAUUGGCCGAGAAAGUUCAUCCAGAUUUUCCGGCGUGGUUCUCCCUUGUCAGUGAUACAAAACGGAGGGCCUGACAAGGACAGCUGUCUAGUCGUUCGAAUGGGACAAAAAAACGAGGCCCUGUGUACACAUUGGCAUGCACGUAAAAGAUCCCUUGACAGUUGGAAUUCGAUAUAAGAGUAGGCUGUAGUGCCACUGUCCGGCAAAAUUUCCCUCAUGGCACACUAUAUGACACACUAGUUUACCCCAAACAUCAAUGCCUAAUGUAUAAUAUAUAAGCUUCUAAACCAUGACAACGUGCGCGCUGUAUCAUAAAGUCUGUCAUUGAGUCGACUGGCGUGGUUUCGAAUCCCCGGUUGUACGUGACAAGGAGUAGGGUCGCCUGUCCAACCUCGUGGGUUUUCUCCGGGUCCUCUGAUUUCCUCCCACUGAUAAAGAUCCCUACGCGCAAGCGAAUUAUUGAAAUAAAAUUAAACCAUAUGUUAGUCCCAAAAUGACCUAGUUUGUGUUGAGUGGACAUUAAACCCCAUUUCUCUCUCUCUCUCUAAACCAUGACAAGAUUGUCUGCGAUAUCACCCAAGGUGGAAAUGAAUGGAAAACCCCACAAACGAACAAGUGUGCAGUCCGUGCAGCGUGAAGUCUUUGUGUAAACUAGUAAUAGAUACGAAAGCGCUAGCUGUGUAAGAGCCUCCAUAGCUAUAAUAUGCAUGGCAUCCAAACGUGCGCAUUAUCGCUGGUUACAUGGAAACGGUCCCAUUGCAUUUGCAUUAAACCAACUGUUUCAUUGGUGAAACGCUGUGAAAACGUGUAGAUGGAAACACGUCCUAUAGUGAAGAUCAAGUGUAUUUGGAAGUUUCAUGUCCGCUUCCACCUGAACUUGGGAUGACGUGUACAUGGAAACACGUCCUAUAGUGAAGAUCAAGUGUAUUUGGAAGUUUCAUGUCCGCUUCCACCUGAACUUGGGAUGACUCCUUUAAGUACUUACAUUAUACGAAACAAAAGAGAUGAAAUCAAAUAACAUGUAUUAAUUGUUUGUAAAUAAUCGACUAUAUUGUAUUAUAACUUAUAUUUAAUAUAGAUAUUUGAAUCUAUGAUAUGAAGAAAGAUUAUAUCAUGGUGUGUGUAUUAUUUUGUUUAUUUAACAUAGUAUUCAUCCAAAUUAAACAAACUACAGACAAUUUGGUCUGGAGCGAUUGAGACCAGAAAACUUAUUUUGUAGGGACUUUUUAAGCAGAUUAGAGAAGAUUUUGUCUAGAGUGAUUGAGACCAAAAAACUUGUUUUAUAGGGACCUUUUAAGAGUAGCUACUCUUAGUUAAGGUUAUCCAGAGCUCAUAUUUUGGUCAGGACAGUGUUAAUUGAGCUGUAAGGGCACUGAAUUCUCAAAUAGAAUGUCCUAGUGUGAUGGGCCAAAAACACUGGUCUAGUUCCCACUUGUCAAGUAUAAGUCGCCUAAAUUGACAUGUAGUUAUUUAAUUACAGUUCAUACACUUUUCUAUGGUCUUUAUACAACAAUUUAAAUUAAACUCAAAUAAUUUUAUGAAUACAACCUUUUCAUUGGCUAAGAACUAAAAUUUUAACUCUCGACCAAUGAAAAGGCCAAGUCCAUCAAAUAUUUUCAUGAAUAAGUCCCUUGGUGUGUUAAGUGUAUUUUUAAAUUCUUCAAAUAUGGAAUGAUAAAACUUUGAUUUUGAGAUUAUGCCUUCAUUUCAUGUAACAUAAAGACAUUUGUAAAAAGUUUAUAUUGGAGUUAGAAAGAUAUUCCAAGAAAAUAUAUUAGUAUAUGAAUAAUUAGUUUUGAGGUUUUGUUUUGUUUUGUUUUUUUCUUGCUCAUUAUGACAUGAUAUAUACCGGUUAAAAUCUUUAGAUAUAUUUAAUAUACAUAGUGAAAGCUAAUGAAUGUAUUGAUGAUAAUUGAAAUUCCAUUAAAAUUGAUUGCAAUGUAACUUAAGGCCACGGAUCAAAUCUUGAUAUUAUAUUUUUUUUUUUUUUUUUUUAUAUAAACUUUUUCGGAUAGGUCAGACCAUUCAACUUCUUAAUAACAUUAUAACACUUUGUGGUAAGAACAAAAGUCUUUACAUUAAAGGGGGUGUUGGAUGGCCGAAUGGUUAGCAUGUGCAUGGCCGAAUGGUUAGCAUGUGCAUGCUGUAUCAUAAGGUCUGUCAUUGAGUCAACUGGUGUGGUUUCGAUUCCCUGGUUGUACAUGACAAGGAGUAGGGUUGCCUGUCCAACCUUGUGGGUUUUCUCCGGGUCCUCCGGUUCCCCCCUCCCCCACACUGCUAGAGACCCCUACACACAAGCCAAUUAUUGAAAUAAAAUUGAACCAUGUGUUAGUCCCGAAAUGACCUAGUUUGUGUUGAGUGGACAUUAAACCCCAUUUCUCUACAGACUUUACUCGGAUUGAAAAACUAACAAGAAGGGAAGCAACUCAAAAAAGGGGGGGAAUAUUUCCCAAAUAUUGUUAUACACAGCAGUAGUGCAGCAACUUUAAAAUGAUCAUCACUCUUCAAUUUGAGUCCAGACGAAAAUUGAUAUUUUGAUAGCAUUUUAUGUGUAGAUUUGUUUUGUGGGCUAAUAAAUUGUCUAAAUUCUAAAUUUUAUUUCUGUAUAUAAAACCAGUUUAAAGAUAUAACUGAUCUUAUACAAAAUUAGGACACUAUGGAAUAUAAAAUAAAGAUUUAUGUCUAGAGAAUCCUAGUCGAAACGUUACUCAGUACAUAAUAAACUGUGAUUUUAUUCCAUAAAUACAACUGAAACAGUUUUUAUGGUCAAGUUUCAACGUAGCUUACUAGGCUAAUUUAAGCCAAAAAUGAAAGAAUUUGUAAAGACUUUUGCUUAACAAUUAAAAACAGAACUUUAAUGGCAAUGUAGAGGUUGUAUAAUUGCUAAUGGAAGACACAAAUCCGAUAAACAUAAUUCACUGUUUUAAAACGUUUAUCCUCUUUAAGAAGCUUGUGUUCAAUUUAUCUGAUCUGCUCUGCUCUGACCUCACGAUAGUGCGCAUAAAGAGAUGUGUUGUUUUCUGCUUGUUUGAUUGAAGCCAGAUGCCAACAGAACAGGGGCCUAAUUCUUCGAAAACUUAAGCUAAACUAUUUUAAGGAUACAAAUUUUAGCUCUUGGCCAAUAAAAGUGCAUCCUUGCUAUCCCCAGUGGCAUAGUUCUGUUUUACUCCACUAACCCCUGCGUCCAUUCAUGGGGUGUUCACAAAUUCAAAUUAUCUGCCCUUUAAGAUUUCCUUGGCCAUGUAGGUUUAUUCUAUGAACCAAUCAAAAAACAGUUUACAUACCGGUCUUAGCAUCAUUGUUUGCGUUCAACACAAUAUAGCAGCAUGUACACUCGGUUAUGAGAAAGGUUGCAAGGUGAUCUUAGUUGCAACAAAAAAUGAGUUAUUUCCCUUCACCCACUUGCAUAUUAUAUAUGGAAUUCUUUGAUUGGUUCGUUAAAAAAAUAGCACAGUUGUCAAGGGCAGAUAAUUUGACAAUGUGUCUCUGUCUUGAAUGUUCCCAGGGGUUAGUGUAGUAGAACGGAAGGAUGAAACUGUUGAUAUCUUAAAAUAUUUUAGUUAACGUUUUUGUGAAUGAGCCCGCGGACUGAUAAAGAAGCAUGUAAUUUAAAUAUAAAUUAAAAAAACUGAAAACCCUGACAAAAUAAAUCUUUAUUUAUUAAGAAUUUUUUUUUUGUCUGCUAAUUUUAUUUAUCAAAAGCUUUGACCUUACAAAAUUUAUGAACGAGGUGUUUUAUUUAUUUAUUUUUUUGUUUACAAAAGUUUCUUGUUUUUACAUAAGAUUUGUGAAGAGUUAAAUAUUUAAAGUAUGAAGAAAAUAUAUAUAUUAAAUUGAUUUUGUUGUAUGUGCAUUGUUAUAAAAGUUUGAUAUUGAUAGUAUGAAUAUAUUAUAUGAAUUCUAGAUCUGAGAAAUUCUAGCUUAUUGAGAAAUUAUAUAAAUUCUAGAUCUACAUGUAUCUAGAUUAUUGGAAAAUUGUAUAAAUUUCAUGAGAAAUUAUACAAAUUAUAGAUUUUUUAAGAAAUUAUAUAAAUUCUGGAUUUAUUAUGAAAAUUAUAUAAAUUCUAAAUCUAUGGAGAAAUUAUAUAAUUUCUAGAUCUUUUGAGAAAUUGUAUAAAUUCUAUGUCUGUUGAGGAAUUCUAUAAAUUCUAGAUUAUUGAGAAAUUAUAUAAUUUCUAGAUCUUUUGGGAAAUUGUAUAAAUUCUAUGUCUUCGAGGGAUUAUAUAAAUUCUAGACUGUUGAGGAAUUAUAUAAAUCCUAUAUAAAUUAUAUAAAGUCUAAAUGUUUUGAGAAAUUCUUGAUUAUUGUGAAAAUUCUAGAUUUAUUGAGAAAUUAUAUAAAUUCUAAAUCUAUUAAGAAAUUAUUUAAAUUCUAGACCUAUUUAUUGAGAAAUUAUAUAAAUUCUUGAUUGUUUGAGAAAUUAUAUAAAUUCUUGAUUUUUUGAGAAAUUGUAGAUUAUUAAGAAAUUCAAGACUUUUAAGAAAUUAUAUAAAUUCUAGAUUUAUUGAGAACUAAUAUAAAUUCUAGAUCUGUUGAGAAAUUAUAUCAAUUGUAAAUUUAUUAUGAAAUUAUAGAUCUAUUAAGAAAUUAUAUAAAUUCUAGAUUUAUGCGAGAUUGUGUAAAUUCUAGAUUUAUGCGAAAUUGUAUAAAUUCUAGAUUAUUGAGAAAUUGCUAUUGUUGUGUUAGAAGAAAAUCAUUUCAUUUUUAUCAUCAAAUUUUGUCACAAAAGAUGGUGAAUUUUGAUAUGCUGUAUAAAGUUUAUUUACAGCUGAAAAAAAUGUGUGUAUAUCAUAAAUUAUAAAUUAUCAUGAAUAAAUUAUUACUUGAA